AGUAGUUAACUCCAGUCUCCAGAAGAUUACUUAAAACAGAAAAACUCAGAAUCCAAUCCAAUCAAAUUUCACUUCACUUUCACUCUCAAACAAAACCAACCCUACAAAAUCCCCUGCCAGAUGUAACGUUUCCUCGGAAAAUAUUUUCUCAUCUUCCAAACACUCUCCAUUUCUCUUACUCCCUUUGUCAUCCCAGAUUCAAAACCCCAUGUUUGGUUCCCCAGAAAGUCGUGGGAAAACUAAAAGAAAGUCAAAAUUUGAACCCAAAACUUUCAUUUUUAUUCUUUUAAUUUAAAUCAGUUGACUUGAAGCUUUGCCCUUCUCCAGUGCAGGGUUUUGUUGUUGUAUAUCAGGAUUGAAUUUCUUUGAUGAGAAAUGAUGUUGUUCAAAUCAAAGCUAAAAUGGGUAGCUUUAUUUGUGCUUGGUAUGUCAAUGGCAUCUCUAGUGGUGCACCUUUCUAUCACAAAAUUUUCAGGUAUGGGGUUGGUGCAAUAUAGUCCCGUGGCUGGUUUUCGCCAGGAAUUUGGUUCUUUGAUUGGAAUUCAGGGUCGUUGGAACAAGAAGCUAUGGGGGCCUAUCAACUCGUUAGAGUCUUUGCAGCCAUAUGCCAACCCAAGGACCAAUUAUCCUGCUCCAAGUGAAAAGAGCAAUGGUCUCAUCUAUGCAAAAGUUUUUGGUGGGUUUGAGAAGAUAAGAUCUUCGAUAUGUGAUCUUGUCACCAUAUCCAGGCUUCUAAAUGCUACUCUUGUCAUUCCAGAGAUUCAAGAAAGUCUUCGCUCAAAGGGAAUCAGCUAUAAGUUCAAGAGUUUUUCCUAUCUCUACGAUGAAGAGCAAUUCAUAGCAUCACUCACAAAUGAUAUAAUCAUUGUGAAGAGCCUCCCUGAAAAUUUGAAGGCAGCAAGGAAGAGGAACGAGUUCCCUAAUUUUAAGCCCAGAAGUUCAGCUUCUCUGGAUUAUUAUAUCAAAGAAAUUUUACCGCAAUUAAAGAAAUCCAAAGUUAUUGGAUUGAUUCUUACUGAUGGAGGAUGCCUGCAGUCCAUUCUUCCACCAAGCAUGUCUGAGUUUCAGAGACUUAGAUGCAGGGUUGCCUUCCAUGCUCUCCAGUUUCGUCCUGGAAUUCAGAUUCUUGGCCAGCGUAUGGUAGAGAGAUUACGAUCAUGGGGCCAUCCAAUUCUAGCUUAUCAUCCUGGUUUAGUGAGAGACACCUUGGCGUAUCAUGGUUGUGCAGAACUUUUUCAGGAUGUUCACACUGAGCUCAUACAACACCGAAGGGCUCAAAUGAUCAAACAAGGGAUUGUUAAAGAAAAACUUAGCGUAGACUCACACUUGCGUAGGGAAAAUGGUUCAUGUCCCCUAAUGCCUGAAGAGGUUGGAGUUCUCCUUCGGGCAAUGGGCUAUUCUCCUAAAACAAUUAUAUACCUUGCAGGUUCUGAAACUUUUGGUGGUCAACGUGUUCUUAUCCCUCUGCGUGCCAUGUUUGCCAAUUUAGUGGAUCGCACUUCCUUGUGCAGCAAGAAAGAAUUGUCUGACCUUAUUGGUCCCGAAACAUCACUUCCACUAGAUCUUUCUCAACCACCUCCUGCCAAAAGUGCGAAACAAUUGAAAGAAGAGUGGAAUAAGGCUGGUCCACGGCCUCGACCUCUUCCUCCACCUCCAGAUAGACCCAUUUAUCGACAUGAAAAAGAAGGUUGGUACGGGUGGAUCACUGAGACUGACAUGGAACCAAUUCCUUCUGCUAUGGAUUUGAGGAUGCAAGCACACAGGUUUCUCUGGGAUGCUCUUGAUUAUAUUAUCUCUGUUGAAGCUGAUGCAUUCUUUCCUGGUUUUCACAAUGAUGGUAAAUGGCCUGAUUUUGCUAGUUUGGUUAUGGGACAAAGGCUUUACGAGAGUGCUUCUUCUAGAACAUAUAGGCCAGACAGAAAAGUUAUUGCCAAAUUAUUCAAAAUUACUCGUGAGAAUAUGUACCAUCCCAAGCAUAAUUGGACUCUUUCAGUGAAGGAACAUCUGAACAAAAGCUUGGCUGAAGAGGGCCUGAUUAGGCAAUCGUUGGUUUCGAAACCAAGGUCAUUUUUGUCACAUCCACUUCCAGAAUGCUCUUGUAGGAUUUCGUCUGUUAAGGUCCCAAAUCAAAUAAAAGGUAAUGGUGGUCGUUUUCUGUAUGGUGGUGAAGAUGAAUGCCCCAAAUGGAUACAGCAUGGUCAAGAAAAAGCUGCUUCUUUGGAGGCACGUGGAAUAAAUGAUGAUAGUGAAUCUUUAGAUUAUGAAUAUGCAACUGAACUGCCGGAAUCUGAUGAUAAUGAUGGCAAAAAUACUGCAACUUUACCCUUUGAUCGUGAUGAAGAAUGGGAUCCUAAUGACUAGAAUUUAAUACAAAAAAGGAUAAGAUUUCCUGUUAUUAUCAACAGCAAUGGCACUCAGUUUCCGGUUUUUCUUCUGGAAUGUAAUUCUUUUGGGGAUAGAAGGUAACAGACAAAGGUAUUUUAUUUCAUUUCACACUUGCAGCAUAGUACCGGAAGUAUUCAAAUUUAUUCUUUUUGAGUACAUUCAAGAAAUUCUCCAGUUACAGAAUAGAAAAUUAGUUGUAUACCUU